UAUUUUUGUUGUGACAUAAGUGUAUAAAAUAUUUAAUACAGUAUAGUGUUUUUGARAAUUAUUAUAAUUUUAAUAAAUAUUAUUAACAAUUAUUAUAAAAUUAUGGAUUUUGAUCCCGAAAUAUAUGAUAAUUCAAAUAAUGAUACACUAAUUCCGGCAAAACGAUUGAUUAAAAUCAUCAGUGAAUUAAAGCCAAAUAACAAUAAAUUUUCAUUAAUUUUGGACAUCGGUUGCGGUUCGGGUAAUAUGACAAAACUUUUGGCCGAUGAGAUAGAGUGCGACCAUAUUAUCGGUUGCGAUAUCGACCAGAAAAUGAUUGAAUACGCAAAACGGGAAAACAAAAAAUCAAAUAUUGAUUACUUAGUUCAAGACAUACAACGAGAUUGGCUCGACUUUAAUACAGAGCUCAAGGAUUUGAAGGGAAAGGUGUCUGUCAUAACAUCAAACUUUGCAUUGACUUGGAUUCAUGACAUCAAAACAACGGCUGAAAAUCUUUCGCAUCUCAUAUCGGAUGACGGCUUACUUGUAUUGAAUAUUGUUUACGACGGAGAUAUUUAUGACAGACUGGAGCCAAACGAGAGACUGUUAGCUGAGAAGUGUCUUAAAUAUCCCACUGAAGAGGAAAUGAUUGGAAAAUGGAUUACUUGUUUAAAGAAGUCUGGAUUCAAGCAAAUCGAUAUCACUUAUUGGGAACCAAAAUCUAUAUUUAAUGAAAAACUAUAUUUUGAAGAAUAUUUAAAUAUUCCGAUGAAUUGGUAUAAAAGUUACGCAAAACAUAGUAAUGGCAUUACUAUGGAAAUGAAUGAACUAUUGAAACGAUUAUUAAUUGAAGAUCGAUGUAAACCAUUGAAUGUAAACUAUAGUGACGGACAAAAUAUGAUUGAAGUAACAAAUUAUAUUUGGCAGAUAAUUGCUACUAAAUGUUAAUAUUUAUGUUAUCAAUUUAUUUUUAUUUUUUAAAUUAAUCAACUGAUAUAUACAGUAU